AUGGAUAGUGAUAGCAGUGUCAGACCCAUCACCGUGUUCGUCACGGGCUUUGGUCCAUUCCCCCGUGGCGACGGCACAUCCUACUCCCGCAACACGUCCCACGAAAUCACAAAACUGCUUCCCUCAACUCUACCUCCCAGAUCUCAAUUCAAUCCUUCCUCUCACCCAAUUCGCAUCCUAAACCCCACAGCCGCAGAGGGAAAAGCCGUAAACGUCGAAUACGCACACAUCCGCAAGUAUACUUCCGGAUUGCAUGACUCUUAUGGCGCAACCGCAGACCUAAUCUUGCAUAUCGGUAUGGCAGAUGGCUGGAAUUUCGUAUCUUGCGAACGCAGAAGCUAUAAACAAACCUUUACCAGCGGGUGGGCAGGAAGAAUGUUGGGAUUGGGAAGGUAUUAUAUGAUUAAAGAUGUAAAGGGCAAGACGGUGGAGGAUGCAGGACCUAAUCCUUGGGGUGAGGACGUGCCUAUGGGGUUAGGCACAGGAUUAAACGUUGACGAGCUUGUCGAUGGCGCUGGAAAAAUGCUGAAAACAGCGUUUGGGAGGGAUGUAAGAGCGCAUGAAGAUGCAGGAACUUAUUGUUGCGGGUUCAUAUAUUAUGAGAGUUUGGCGAAUAAGUUCACAAAACAAACUCCAGCAGAAGUCCUAUUCUGCCAUGUGCCAGGCGACCUCGACAGACUAAACCUACACGCAGCCACAAACUCCAUCUGCGCAAUCAUCGGCGCUGCCGCCGCUCAAAUCCUCGACAACCGUGGAGUUGGCCCUGCUCAAAAGAUCAGUAUUGGUGGCAACGAAAGGUCUGCAGAUACGGUUUCUGCGCAACAGAGACAGAGAGCGAUGGAGUUGAUGGCGAGUGGUGGGUUUGAGGCUUAA